GCCGCUCCCAACGCCCACCGCAGCCAGUCCCGUCGCGAAACCCAACGCGCGCGCACGCACGCUCCCUCUCUCUCUCCCCCCGAAUGGAGCGGCAGCCUCGGCCGCAGCUGGCCGUGGCGGAGGAGGCCAUCGCGCUCUACGACACCUACUGGUACCGCCGCCUCGUGCUCAACGCCUACUCCCCUCCCGCGCCUCCCCCGCCGGCGCCUGAGCGCGAGCAGCCGGAGCAGGCGCCGGCGGAGGAGAGCAAGAGCCAGCUGCAGCGGGCUCCGUCCGGGCUGCAGCGGCACCGCCGGACGCGGAGCGACGAGGCCAAGGCCGCCGCGUUCCACGGCCAGCUGGAGCCGCUCAAGAUCCCCACCAGCCACCGCGCGAGGCUCGAGACCAUCCUGUCCGGAAAGGACGGCCUGGCCGCGCCGGAGCCGCUACCGGAGCGCCGGAGGCCGGAGGCGCGGCGGCCCGGCGGGAGGAGGCGGAGGAGCCGCCGCGGGCGGAGCCUGUCGGAGCUGGAGUUCGAGGAGGUGAAGGGCCUGCAGGACCUCGGCUUCACCUUCUCCGAGACCGAGGUCGACGCCGAGCUCGCGUCCAUCGUGCCGGGGCUCAGGCGGCUGCGCGCGGAGGAAGAAGCCAGAAGAGCCAAGGCGGCGGAGGCGGCAGCCUGCGCCGAGGAGGAAGCCUGUAGGAGCAGGGCCGCUGCGGAGGCCUCCGACGCGGCGCCGAGGAGGCCGUACUUGUCCGAGGCGUGGGAGGACGAGGAGGCGGAGGUGAGGCGGAUGCUGAGCAACUUCAGGAUCCCGGCCGCCGCCGACGGCGCUGACCUCAAGGAGAACCUCCGGCUCUGGGCGCACACCGUGGCCUCCGCCGUCCGGUGACUGCUUUGACCAAGAGUCCACCUUUUUUCCCUUUUGCCGUGCAGUGGGUGGAAUGAUGAACUGUAAAUAUUUUUUGCCAUGUGCAUGCGCAUCUUUUCAAGUUAUUUUAGCAGCAGCUUGCGUUAGUUUAGUCACGACAAUGUAAAAUGUAUUCGAAGUUCAAAUUCACGAACAUGUAACUGAAUACAGGCUCUUGCAAGCAACAAAAGGAAAUGUGAACGAGGGGGCGCAGAAAUUUUUGAUCC